CCUUCCCUCCCACGCCGCGCCCGGCAAGGCCCACAUCUGGAAGCCAAGUCGUCCGCGGUCAGCUCGCGGAAAUGCCUUCCCGCAAUGUUCAAGAACCGAAAUUUUCUCUUUGAAAACAUUUAAUAUAUUUUAGGCCUCCGCUGAAAUGCCUUGAACAGCCCAUUUUGAACCAGAAUAGUUUAGUCUGACAACAGAUUCUUCCUCUGUUCACAGCUGUCCCACAAGGAGGAGCUGAAAUCCGAACCUCUCGGCUGUGAUUGGAUAUUCUAAUAAAAGCCAGGGAGAAAACCCCUCCCAGUCCAGAAGAGCUCAGUCGGGCAGGGAGCCCGGUGACUUCAGAGGCGCCCGCCUGUCCCCCGCCGCACCUGAGCCGCCGCGAUGCUGUAGGACCGCCGCCUGGACCGUUAUCCGCCCGCGCCCGCCCGCCGCCACCAUGCCGCGCUCCUUCCUGGUCAAGAAACAUUUCAACGCCUCCAAGAAGCCCAACUACAGCGAGCUGGACACACACACAGUGAUCAUUUCCCCGUAUCUCUAUGAGAGCUUCCCCAUGCCCGUCAUACCAAAACCAGAGAUCCUCAGCUCAGGAGCAUACAGCCCUAUUACUGUGUGGACAUCGGCAGCUCCAUUCAACUCCCCUCUGCCCAGUGGCCUUUCUCCUCUUGCUGGAUACUCCUCACCCUUGGGGCGAGUAAGCCCCCCGCCUCCAUCUGACACUUCAUCCAAGGACCACAGUGGUUCGGAAAGUCCCAUUAGUGAUGAAGAGGAAAGACUGCAAUCCAAGCUCUCAGACCCCCAUGCCAUUGAAGCUGAGAAGUUUCAGUGCAAUUUAUGCAACAAGACCUAUUCUACUUUCUCUGGGUUGGCCAAACAUAAGCAGCUGCACUGCGAUGCCCAGUCUAGGAAGUCUUUCAGCUGCAAAUACUGUGACAAGGAAUAUGUGAGCCUGGGUGCCCUUAAGAUGCACAUUCGGACCCACACCUUGCCUUGUGUCUGCAAGAUCUGUGGCAAGGCUUUCUCCAGACCCUGGCUGCUUCAAGGACACAUUAGAACUCACACAGGGGAGAAGCCUUUCUCUUGCCCUCACUGCAAUAGAGCUUUUGCAGACAGGUCAAACCUGAGGGCACAUCUGCAGACCCACUCGGAUGUAAAGAAAUACCAGUGCAAAAACUGCUCCAAAACCUUCUCCAGAAUGUCUCUUCUGCACAAACAUGAGGAAUCUGGCUGCUGUGUGGCACACUGAGUGGCGCAACCCGUGUUUACCCGAACAGAAUGCAUUUCUUCACUCCAAUGCCAAAUGACAAGUGAAAGUCCAAAGCCAUUUAUUUUCUCUUGUGCUUACCUACCAAAGAAUAUGUAUAGAUACACAUGAGUUACACACCACACACACACACACACACACACACACACGAAACUACAGAAUAGAAUCUAUCUGCAUAAGAUGAAUCCUUUCUAUGUGAAGUUUGAAAUUAUAUUUACUGACAGCUAAGUGAAAGGCUAACAGACAAGAACCUUUCUCGUUAGAGAUGAAGUGAAAAGCACAUUGCAUCUUUUCUUCCUACGAAAGCGUGCGGAGAUUUAUAUUGCUGCCAAACCAUUUCAACCAAAAGGAACAGUAUUGCUUCGUAAUAGAGUUGUAAUUGUGUUUCCACAAGGAAGAGAGCCUGCCAGAUGCUAUCUCAGGUGCCUUAUAAAGUACUCCAAGUUUACUUCCUUACAUGUCGGAUGUCUGGUUGCCAUUGGUGAAUGAAAGCCUUUUCUGGAUUACCUACAAUGCUUUAAACUGUAUUGUUAUGAGAAAAAAAAAUAUGAGGAGGAAAA